CCAACGGACCAAACACGAUAAACGGACUUCCUCUAGGCAUCGGCUUCGGGGAAAACAACACCUAUAACCCAAGCCUGAAAGUAAAACAUUGAUAUAACAUCUAUCAGUGGGACAUCGUCUUCGUGUCGACGUUUUCUAUAGAAAGACACAACAUCUAAGAUAACAUGCCUCAGAACGAGCACAUUGAGUUAAGUCGCAAGCGUCAUGGCUACCGCCUGGACCAUCACGAGAGGAAGAGAAAGAAGGAGAGCCGUGAGGUCCACGAGCGCUCCCACAAAGCCAGGAAGAUGAUCGGCUUGAAGGCCAAACUGUACCACAAGCAGAGGCAUGCUGAGAAGAUUCAGAUGAAGAAGACCCUCAAAAUGCACGAGCAGAGGAAGACGAAACAGAAGAACGAUGACAAGACGCCAGAGGGAGCGGUUCCUGCUUACCUGUUGGACAGAGAGGGUCAGUCCCGCGCCAAAGUCCUGUCCAACAUGAUCAAACAGAAGAGGAAAGAGAAGGCUGGUAAAUGGGAGGUUCCCCUGCCCAAGGUGCGCGCUCAGGGCGAGACGGAGGUGCUCAAAGUCAUCAAGACCGGCAAGAGGCAGAAGAAGGCGUGGAAGAGAAUGGUCACCAAAGUGUGCUUCGUGGGCGACGGCUUCACCCGAAAGCCUCCCAAGUAUGAGCGCUUCAUCAGACCCAUGGGUUUACGGUUUAAGAAAGCCCAUGUCACUCAUCCGGAGCUGAAGGCCACGUUCUGCCUGCCCAUCCUGGGGGUGAAGAAGAACCCAUCGUCUCCACUGUACACCAGCCUGGGAGUCAUCACAAAGGGAACCGUCGUGGAGGUCAACGUCAGCGAGCUGGGGCUUGUCACACAAGGGGGAAAGGUCAUCUGGGGUAAAUAUGCCCAGGUGACCAAUAAUCCGGAGAAUGACGGCUGCAUCAACGCCGUGCUGCUUGUGUAAACGGACUCCUGCCUCAUACGGACUGCUGACUCUUCUCACUUGGAUUACUGAACAUGAUAUGGAAUAAGGAUGGCUUGCUGUCGGAUGGAAUCUGAAAUACUUUCCGCAUUUGUAAUAAAUAAAUAAUUUACUCUGGCA